AUGAAACUUUUAAUUGCUGUAUUGUCAUCGAUCUUGCUUGCAUGCUCGGUCACUAUUGCCAAUCCAAUUCUUCCCAGUGAAACUACAAGCACCAAGUCUAGCACCUCGCCAACUCCUAAUCCAAACGGUAUAGGCUUAGGUGGUCUUAAUCCACUUCCAGACAUCAUCAAGGAAUUUCUCAAAGAAUACGCAGAGAUACAGUAUGGUUUUGAAGAGCAAGAAAAAAUAUGCGACUCGUUAAAAUCUGAAUAUGACAGCCAGACUAUGCUGGUAACGGACUUGGAAACAAAGAUUCAAGAUUUGGAAGAAAAAUCUCAAACAAGCGGUGACGGUCCAGAAUAUAAUGGUAAAAUUCAGAAGACUAAGAUUGAUCUUGAAGCCCAAAAAGCCAAACUUGAGGAUCUUGGAAGCCGCUAUAGUGAGUGCGUGUUCGAAAAAAAUAAUAUUAAAUUUGGAAUGAAUCGCGUCGAAAUAAAGCUUGUGGAGUCCGUUUUUGGAAUUUGGGAUCCUAGAUCAUUUAAUCAAAAAAUUACUCUUAUCGGCAAACAUCCUUCCGCUAGAGGUUACUUUAACGGAUUACGUGGUAAAGGAAAAUCAUUAGGACGCAAUAAAUCUCUUGGUCAGAAUCCUGGUGGUCAACAACAACGCAAAAAACCUAGUGAUCAACAGCGUCAAGAUCCGCAACCAUCAUCAAGUAGACCAUCUGGAUCCCUUGGACAGAGAGUUCCUUCCAAUAGACGAAAUGUGUUUUCCAGGCUUGUGGGUAAUGCUGGAUCAUUGUUUCAGCGACCCGGAGAUGAAGAUCGCGAACCAUUGAUUGAACAUUAA